UACCAAUGAAGAGAAUGCAGACUUAGGGAAUGAUUUCUCUAAUCCUGCCAAAGAUCAAACUUCUGCGGCUGCAGACGUUUGUGUUGAAGCUGAGACAGUUGAGGCUGAAAAAUGUGUUGCUUUGAAGAACAAGGAAAUUGAACACAGUACCAACGAAGAGAGCGCUGACUUAGUGAACGAUUUCACUAAUCACUCAGAACCAACUUCCCCGGCCGGGGAUGUUUGCGUUGUAGAUGAGAAGCUUCUCUCAGAAACAACAGAUGUUUUAAAUGACCAAGUCAGCACAAACGAAGAAAGCUACAUUGACAAUAUUUGCAAGUUUUCCAACUCUUGCAAAAAUGGUUGGAUUAACGCCAGUUUUCAAGGCAUAUUGAAUUUGAAUUUUACCAGAAAGGUCCUUUUUCAGAAUCCCAAGAAGUUUUUUGAGGCAUCAUCAGCCACACCAUUAUGUGCCAGUCUCAUCUCUACAGCCGUUCACAAUCCGGGAAAAUAUUUUACCCCACUGGAAAUGGCCCGAGUUCAAGUGGAACUGAGAGAAAGUGAACUGUCGUCUGACUUGGGUAAAGACUAUCAAAUGUCGUAUUUAUUGGAAGCUAUUUUAGUCUGGCUAAACUCAAGUGACAGAAACAUGGAAAUGUUAAUGACAAGAGAGAAGACCUGCAUGAAGUGUAAGGGAGAUCUUAUUGGACUCUUUAACAGCAGCCCCCUCGUUGCUCUGCCUUCAAUACCUGCAAAGAGCAUCACUUCUCUGUUUAGCUGUUGGUUGGAGUUUUGUAGGGAAACUCGCUGUUCAGUCUGCAAAUCUGUAUUUAACAGAAAAAACUUUCUAAGCAAUAAUGAAGCGAUUGCCCUGUUCCGGCCACUGUCGGCCAGGUGCUGGAAUCCAAUACUGAUUCCAAGUGCAACACUUGACGUCCCCGGAAAAGGUGGAAGUCAGACAUACCAUCUUUCUUCCAUCAUCUGCAGCAAUUCGAAGCUGACCCACUUUUACACCUUCCUGAUCCGGGGACAACAGAUGUUUAUGGCUGAUGAUGACCUUGUUAUGACUCCAGGUGACGACUGCAAGAAAUUAAUUCAAGAAAUGGGAUUUGUUUACAUUUAUGAGAAGGAAACAGCAAGUGUAACGUCUUACCCUGCUGUCCCUCUCCAAAGCAGAGGGAGAGCAGAAUCGUUAAAAGAUGCUGAAAACAAGGCAGAAACCAUUUCUGAGGCUGGAGAGAUUAUUUUAAAAGACACAGAAAAUGUGUUUAAUAACCAAAAAUAUAUAUCUGUAUGGGAAAAUAUAUGUAAGAAUAUAUCUAAGUGGGAGCCAUUGUUGUUAAUUUUGUGUUUAUUUUGCAUGUUCAUGGUUGUUAUUUGCUUUUGUGAUUUUUUCAUGCUUAUAUUUUUUCUCAUUUCUGUCUGUGGAUUGACUUAUGUGUCGGCAGCAUCAUGCCAAGAAUUGGAUGCUUAGCUUUAAAUUUAAUGACAACUGGUGGAACGUAUUCACCAGUUGUCAUUAAAUGUCCUGAUUCAGUUUAAAAAUACUUUAUUGAUCCCAAAGAAAACUGAAUGUUCAUCAGGAUUCUUCAAAGAGCCAUUGAAGACAAGACAAUCCAAGACAAUCGGAUGAAGAGGAUGAUCAGGAUCGUCCCUAAUUUUCUUGAUCCUAUGAAGAAUCCUUCUCUGCAUGACCAUCUCCAGAGGUUUCCCAGAACAGAACCAGAACAGAACCAGAACAGAACCAGUCUUCUUUACCAGGCUGUUGAGCGUAUUUAGGUCCCUGGCGCUGAUGCUGCUGCCCCACCAGAUGGCGCUCUCAACAACAGAUUAUAGAAGAUCUGCAGCAUCUUGAAGGACCUUCGCUUCCUCCAGGAGUCCAGUCUGCUCUGUUCCUUCUCUUAGACGCUUCCCUGUUGCGUCUCCAGUUCAGUCUGUGGUCCAGAUGAACAUUGAGAUUGCACCAAUACUAUUACAGUAGUUCUGAUACCAGGACGUGUAAUAGAUUGUGGGUCGCCGGAUCAG